UAGCCUAUGCUUCUCAUCUAACACUCUUUCAACUCAAUUUUUUUAAUUAGAACAAAAGAAAUCAUGGAAUUGCUUCUUCGCCUCCUUGUAGCUCACGUUAUCUUAUUGGCUUUAUCAUAUUCAUUUGUGUACUGUUAUCCAAGUCCUUUUCAAGACUUUUGUGUUGCUGCCAACGAAACUAAUGGAGUUUUCGUGAAUGGAAAAGUGUGUAAGGAUCCAAAAUCAGUAACAGCAAAUGAUUUCUCUUAUUCGGGAUUAAACAUCCCCGGGAACACAACCAGUUUCAUCGGUUCUAAUGUCACAACGGUGGAUGUCAACAAAAUCCCUGGCCUCAACACACUCGGAGUCUCCCUCGCUCGCUUAGACUUUGCUCGGGGAGGUCAAAACCCACCGCACAUACAUCCACGCGCCUCUGAAAUACUCAUGGUCACCAAAGGAACACUCCUGGUUGGGUUUGUCUCUUCGAACCAAGACAACAACAGACUGUUCUCCAAGGUUCUUAGAACAGGAGACGUUUUUGUGUUUCCCAUUGGUUUGAUACAUUUUCAAAUGAACGUUGGGAGGACAAGGGCGGUUGCGUUUGCUGGGUUUGGGAGCCAGAAUCCUGGUACGAUUACGAUCGCAGACGCGGUUUUUGGAUCGAACCCUUCGAUUCCUCGAGAGGUUUUGGCAAAAGCUUUUCAGUUAGACGCUAACUUGGUUAGAUUUCUCCAGAUAGUGUAUGGUCCUGCAUUAUGGUCGUAGGAAAUUUCAAG